ACACCAUCUGCAACCACCGUGGGAAUGUAGUUUUUAACAGUGAAAACGCCGAAUAGGUGUUGAUUACAUAGUCAAAUAUUUUUGAACGAACAAUGUAUUGGAAGUGUCAUUUGGUUCGGUCGAGAUCUAGGUCACCGGUUAUUUCAUACGUCUGAUAUUAUGGACAUAUUUGGGCGUUUUGUUGUGAAUUUGCUCUUCCGGUGUGCAAGCCAGUCAGCUAGAUAGUUAGCUAAAUUACUCAACUAGUGUCACUUCAGGGAAAUGUGUUUCUUGUGACACAGCGAAAACAUAAUUUCACAGUGGUUCACACCUCCAAGAGUUGGUCCUUUAUUGUCGUGUUAAUCAAAGACCCGUCUUAUACAGGAUUUCUCCGGAAUUUGGCCUGCUUUCGAAGAGUCGUGAUGCUGAACGUCCCAUCCCAGUCGUUCCCUGCAGCCAGCUCUCAGCAGCGUGUUGCUCCGGCCGGUCAGUCCGGCAGGAACAAGGUAGCAUUGAAGCCUGGCCACAGUCUGAUGGACUGGAUCCGUGUGGCUAAGAGUGGCCGGGACCUGACAGGGCUGAGAGGUAGACUUAUAGACGUCACGGAGGAGGAGCUGCAAAAACACAACACACGUGAUGACUGCUGGACCUGCAUACGAGGCAUGGUUUAUAAUGUGAGCCCCUACAUGGAUUUCCACCCUGGAGGAGAAGAGGAACUGAUGAAGGCAGCUGGGAAAGACGGAACAGACCUUUUUGACCAGGUCCACCGGUGGGUGAACUAUGAGUCCAUGUUAAAGGAGUGUAUGGUAGGGAGGAUGGCUGUGAAGGCCAGCACUGCUCUCAAAGCUCAGUCUGUGAUAAAGGACAGCAUCACUCAUUUAAAUGGUCUAGCCCCCCCUCCUCCGCCCACCUCCAUGCUCCCUCCUGCUUUCCUCACCCCUCCCUCACCCUCCUCAUCACUGCAACCCUCAGCCGCCCCGCCACCAACCCAACCCAAAGACGCUCGGCCCAGGUAUGACUGGUUUCAAACUGAUGUCACAGUCAAUAUUGUGGUUUACACCAAACGGAAGCUCCCCAGCUCUGGCUGUACCAUAGUUGACCUGCAAGAUGGUGUUCUACGGGUGGAAGUUCUUCUGGGGAAAAUGUCCUACAUACUGCGUCAAUGUCUAGCCCAAGAAGUAGAUGGAAGCGUUGCUGUCCACACAGCGUGUGCUGUGGGGAAGAUUCAAGUCAGCAUGCGUAAAGCGGCCAAAGGAAAGUGGGAGGAGCUUGGUGAACCACUGGAAUUCCAUGAUUCUCUUUUCAGGAAGAAAGAUCGAGCCAUCUUCUACAGAGAGUGUAUGUUAGUUUCUAAGACAGCGGUCACACACGACACCUGGGUGUUCCGGUUACAACUCCCUCUAGGGACGCUCAUGCACGUGCCGGUUGGGAAACACAUCUACCUCAAGUCCCUCAUCCAAGACAGUGAGGUGGUGAAGCCCUACACGCCAGUCGAGGAAACACUGGUACCAGCUACACUGGACUCCACACAGGGGACUGCAGCCACUGACAUCUUCCUCAUGAUCAAAGUCUACCCAGAUGGAGUGUUGACUCCGCACCUAAACAACCUCAACAUCGGUGACCACCUGUCUGUCAGCAGCCCAGAUGGUCCGUUCAGUCUCCGCCUCCUGCGUGAGGUCACUCACCUUUACCUGUUAGCAGCCGGCACGGGGUUCACGCCGAUGGCUCGGGUGAUCCGAUUGGCCCUCCAGGACCUGGGCUCACUCAGGAAAACCAAGCUGAUGUUCUUCAACAGACAGGAAAGAGACAUCCUGUGGCACUCUGAACUUGACGGCCUCGCAGCUGAAGAUGAGAGGUUCCAGGUGGAGUAUAUUCUGUCCGAGCCGUGUGAUGGGUGGACAGGCAGGAAGGGGCGGGUUGAGGCCUCCAUGCUGACUGACUUCCUGGUUAGGCCUGAGGGGUCAAAGGUCUUUGUGUGUGUGUGUGGCCCCUCAGCCUUCACCGAGCUGACUGUGGGGUUGGUGAGACAGCAUUGUUUCAGUGAAGAGGAGAUUCAUGUGUUCCAGGGCUGAGUGUCAGUCUCAGACCUGACAUAUCUCUACCUUACAGCCUGAGGUGCCAAUGGGACAUUGAGAGAACAACGUGUGGGUGUGAGAGAGAAGUGUGUGUGUUUGAGAGAAAGGAGACACAAUUUGUGAGAGAGUGUGGGAGAGAAGAGAUGUUAUUAGGCUGCCGGCCAAUGUGUUUUUUGGAACAAUGUCUUUCUAUGCACUGAUAGAUCUGACUCCUGUGGUUAGCAGCUCUGUCUCUCUAUUUCUGUGUGUUUCUGUCUCACGCUCUCUGGUGCUUUGAAACACGGAUGGACAGUCAUUCUCUCUGGACGCCUAGGACGUGACCGCUGGGCUCUCUGAGCUGGUGAAUCACACACAACGGAUGAAUUGCCAAUUACCCAGCAGCACUGAACCCUCAGGUCAACAUCAUCAGCUCACUGUCUGUCUCUCUGUAACAGAACUCUUUGAACACACACACACAGAGAGAGAGCGAGAGAGAGAGAGAGUGAACCAUGUCUUACAUACUGUAGCUCACAGACCCACACAUCCGCUGCAUUGUGAUGCCACCCCAAAAACUACAGGACUUUGUGAGCGUUUGAUUUUUAGUUCUGAUCAUUACAUCUUCCUUUUGUUGAAGAAGUAAUGAGAAUUUCCAUUAUGAGACAUCCUCCUACAGAGAGUUAUUAUUAUUCAGAUAGUUGUUUUGGCUUUUGCAUCUGGUCUGUUCUGCAGCCUGUGGUUCUGUUUGAGAGAGACUGAUGGUUAAGCAGACCAGUCUUCAGUACAUUUACAAUCUCUCUUUCUCCCUCUCUAUAUCUCUCUCUUUUAUCUCUCUCGCUCUCUCUCAGGUUGAUGUUGUAGUACUCACAGUAGGUGAUGAAUACCAAUGGGAAUACAUUACACAAUACAUAACACAUUUAUGUAAAUGUAUUUAAUUAAUAAAAUGAUAUUUUUAUUAUAUGUAUUUAAUUCAUUAAUACCUCGAGCCCACAGUGAUCUAAUUAAGUGCUUGAUGUUUGAUGCCGUUAAAUGAUUCUAAAAUGCGUCCGGGAACCCUGACCAUGCGUCCUUUACUAUUUCUCACUCUUGUGAAAUACAUGAGGUUGGUAAGGCACCAACUAUCGUGAUUUCUCCUCGUGGAACAUCAAACUGCCAGACCGAACUAUGUCAAUCCUGCAGAGUUGUUCUAUGCUAAGAGUGGUAAGAUGUAGCUCAUCUAUUAACCUAAUAAGAGGGGCUCUUAUCUGGUCGUUUCCAGCUGCAGUCAGUCCAUCUGCCUCUUUAGAUGUAUCCUUUCAGACGUCAUUACUGAGUCCAUCUGGGUGAAAAUGGAACAAAAUGUCCAUGAAAUUGAAGGUGCGUUUUCUUGAAAUCUCGUAGAUGUCGUUUUGGAGGAAGAAUCUUUUAUAUUGGUCAUUGGUAUCUAGAAAGGAUGUACAUGAAUGUAUGUGAUCUUGGCCUUUUCACCGUUUUUUUUCUCUAAUUUGUACUCUGUAGAUUGUAUGGAAAGUGCCAUUUAAAAACCUUACCCUGCGUGGCAUUUACUUUUUAAUAACAUCAAAGUACAUGUCAUUGACAUUUUGUUCCUUUUUCACACAAAAUGAAUUGCAGCAUUUCUUACCACUGAACAUAACCAUUUCAAAGAUCACACCUGUCAACGUAACACACAUGGCCAAUGCUAUGUGCAAUACUAUAACAGUCAGCUAUGGAUGAAAAGUACUUGAUGAAAGUACCAGUUUGUUUUUGACCGGUGAAACUGACUGAAAUGUGUUGGGUUCUGUUUUUUUAAAGAAAUUGAGCUUCACUUGGUUUUGUAGCUCAUCUAUUCUUGAUCUAACCACAUCUCUUUUAAUGCAUAUCCAGCUUUGUACAUCAUUCACAUUAUAACUAACAUGUCAGUCAUAUGAGCUGUCCUGAAGCAAAUUAAAAGAUGCACUAAA